CUCUCUCUUUCUAUAAACAGUUGAUUCUCAAAACAUCUCAAUUCCGUGCAGAUGCAAGUUUUCAUUACACGAGGAGCAUUAUUAUUUUGAUUCUUGAUCUUAACUUAGAGGGGGGAGAGAAAGAAAGAAAGAAUGUGUAUCUCAAUCUCGCAAGUAUCUAGAUUCAGAAUCAACCUAUUUGGAGGAACUUCUUGCUGUGAACGUGUCCAUGGCUGGUUCAAAAACAACUCAACCCCAAAGCUUCUCGAUAUUAGAGCUUCCUCGGUUAAUAGUAAGAGCAGAUGGGUGAGGCGGAACGUGAGCACAACUACACAAGGAAGUGGGAGCAAAACCAAGAGCAGUGUCCUUGGAGGAGCAGUUCCUGUUACAAGGAUAGUAGAUGCAGAGAGCACCACCAAGUUACAACAGCCUUUUGGAAACCUUCAGCAACGUCUUGCUGAAAACAAAGAUCUGUCUAAACUCUUGACUGUUAUAGUCUCUGAUCUUGAGACAACAGGGUUGCAUAGGGUGAAAGAGAGGAUUAUUGAAAUAGCAGCUCAGGAUCUAGCUGGUGGUGAGAAUAGUACGUUUCAAAGUCUUAUUAAUCCUGGUGUUCCUAUAUUGAAUGCUAGUAUCCAUGGGAUCAGGAAUGAUAUGGUUUGUAGACCUGAGGUUCCAAGAAUGGAGGAGAUGAUACCGAUAUUUCUGCGGUAUGUUCAGAGUAGACAGAAGCCUGGAGGUUAUGUGAUGAUUGUUGCACAUAAUGGCAAAACAUUUGAUUUUCAGUUCUUGAUCAACGAGUUUAACCGUUGCUCUUACGAGAUUCCUCAUAAUUGGUUGUUCUUUGACUCUCUCCCACUUGCCAGAGAGAGCAUGAAGUCUGUAGACGCAACAGUUAAGCCAAAAGCGUCAUUAUCAGCUCUAGGGGAUUACUACAGUCUUACCAGAGAUGGUGAAGCUCACAGAGCCUUGUCAGAUGUAUUACUCUUAUCUCAGGUGUUUCAGAGACUAACCAUUGAUCUUAAGCUCUCACUCUCUGAUCUUGUCCUCCGCUCUUACACCACAUCAGACCUUAUUGCUGCCAUGGCAAAGAACAAGAAGGCUUGAAACAAUUUUAGAACCAAUGAUCUUCUUAGUCUUCUUUUUUAUAUUGAUCUCUGAUUCUAUUGUUUCUCUAUAUAGUGUAUGUAACUCCGCAAAGGAUCUCAGUCAUGUAACCUGCUAUUUAAUUUAUCGUAGGAUAAAUUAAGUGAAAAACAUAUGUAAUUUCACUAAGUCAUAAACAUUCAAUACAAAAACAGUUAUGAGGUUUACUGCU